AUGAACGCAUGCGCAUCUCAUGCGUUAAUUACGGUGAUCAACGAGACACUUCGAGUGGCCAACAUCAGCAGCGGAGUCUUCAGACGCGCCAUGGCAGACAUCCAUUUCCAAGGUUAUACGAUCCUGAAGGGGUGCAAAGUUUUCAUCUCGUUCCGAGCCAUGCAUCUCAAUCCUCUCUACUUCGAAGAUGCUCGGACCUUCAAUCCUUGGAGAUGGCACCAGUGGAUGCAGAAUAAGGAGUCAGCAUCUACUACGCAACUGUACUACAUGCCCUUCGACGGAGGGUCUCGGCUCUGUCCUAGCUACGAACUUGCCCGCGGCAUCAUCUCCAUCUUCCUCCAUUACCUCGUCACUCGCUUCAUAUGGGAGGAAACUGAGAAAGAUAGGUUGGUGUUCUUCCCCACCAUGAGGACUCUCAAGGGCUACCCCAUCAAUGUCCGAUAUCGCAACAUCAGUAACAAUGGCAUGCCAGUCAUUGAUCAAUCCACACCUUCUUCUUCCUCGUCCAUGUGUUAG